UAUUUUGAAGUCACCAUAAUGGUGAUUAUUGUUUACAUUAGUUGGGCUCUUAGCUCUAAAGUCAUUACACUACAGUGAUGCAGCUUCAAAACAAGUCUGAGUAGAGUGUCAGACUUAAAGUCUGUAUUUAUAUUGAAGGUCUGUGUCAAAUGAAAUCACUUCCUCCUGUGUAAAUUUAACACUAAUUUAAUGAACUAAAGUAAUCAUCGUUCGAAAGACCACAGCUCAUCUGUGAAGACAUACUGCAAGACACAAGAACCAAAAAUGGAAUCGGAGUACUCUUAUGAAAAUGCUGAACACAGAAAUUUUUGGGAGACAACUGGACCUCAAACAUUCUGCCAAGAUGAAGGAAGAGCUCGAAAUCACAGAGGAAGGCGAUUUUUGGUGCCGAUCACUGUGUGUCUUGGGAUCAUUUGUCUUCUUCUGAUUGCUGCCAUCAUACUGCAGCAUUUUCAGACCGCUUCUAAGCGAGGAUAUCUGUGGGGUCCAGAUGGCUUGUUCAUGUCCAGUGAGUUGAAGAGCUGGUCUGACAGCAGGCAGUACUGCAGGGAUCGUGGUGCUGAUCUGAAACACAUAUCUUCAUUCAUCAAGGAGAAUGUGUGGAUUGGUUUGUCUGAUAGAAAGCAGGAGGGCAUCAUGAAAUGGGUGGAUAAGUCACCACUAAAUAGAGGGUUUUGGGCCAGAGGUGAGCCGAAUAACUAUCAAGGUAGAAAUGAGGACUGUAUUGAACUGAUGCCUUCAGAUCUCAUACUGAACAACUGGAAUGAUUGCUCAUGCUCUGAGAAGAAAAAAGGGAUUUGCGAGUAAUAGGAUUCAUCCUUGUCUUGCUUUUACAUGCUUUUAAAAGUGCUUUCAUGUAAAAGGGUAAUGCUGCUCACUUAACCUCUGAUGUGUACAUUUCUUGCUCCAUUAUAGCAGCUCUAUGUUAUAUGACCGUAUUCUACUGUUAUCUUCUUUCUCAUUUGUCAGUCUGAAGUGUAGAGGUGACAAUCACAGUAAACUACAGAAGUCUAAUGUGCCCCAGACUGCAACAAUUCACAUUUUUACUCUUAAUAUUGAGUGUCUGUGAAACUGCUUCGGAUUUUAAUUGCUUUCUGUUUUAAUAAAAUGGUCAAUUGACAGUAUAA